AAACUGCGCAGGCGCAGUAAAUGUUUUCCAACAUGGCGUCUCCACAGAAGUAGCGGCUAAUUUUCGGACGUCAAAAACCUCAAAAACUAAAGAAGCAACUAUUUUUUUAAAAAAUGCAUAGCGAGAAGAAAAUAACCAAAGACGACACGUGGAGGCCUGCAGAUUUAAGGAGACACAUCAGGGAAACAGGUGACCACAGAAACCAAGGUGAUCACUAUGUCAAAAGGAAAGAGGACAGUGAAAGGAAAGGACGCGGUGGAGAGUCCACAGAGAGACGUCAAAGAGACUCAGAGGAGUCCAGGCAGGAGAGACAUCUGACCAGGGAAAGGGAGGUGGAUGCUGAACGAAGAAGAAGAGCGAGCUCGCGACACAGGGACGGAGAUGAAAAAGACAGAGAGAAGAGGAGAACGACAGACAGCGACAGGGAAAGAAGCAGCAGAAGAGGAAAUAGGGAAGACUUGCAUUUUGAGAAGGAGAAAGUUAGGGACAGAGAAAAGCACACUGAAGAGGACAGGGAGAAAAUAAGGCAAGACAGAGACAAAGACAGAACACAGGAGGAACGAGAGAGAGAGAAAAGGAAAGAGAGAAGACGAUAUGAGGAAAGUAGGGAGAGGAAAAGGGAACCAUCUGAUAACCAGCGCAGAGAGGAGAGGGAUGGUCACUACAGAAUUGACCAUGAAGGCAAGGUGAAACGCAGAGACAUCGAAGGCCUAAAACAUUCAGAAAGAAAAGAAGAAAGAGAGUCCAAAGAGAAACACAGAAAACACAGAGAGGAAAGGGAGUAUAAAGAGGAACGCAGAAAACACAGAGAGGAAAGAGCGUAUAAAGAGGAACACCAAAAACGUAAAGAGGAGAGAGAAAAGAAGCACAGAGGGGCAGAGUAUUAUGACGAGAAACAAAAGGAUGAAAGUGAAUCUAAGGAACGCCGGGACUCCAAAGGAUCUGGUGAAAAGGUCAAGUUUUCCCAAAGUGACAGAGGGCGAGAAGAAAGGGAGAAACACAAAGAGAAAAAAGGGAAAAACGAAGAGGAGGAUGGGAGAAAAUACAAAGAAAGAAGACGCAGGGAUGAAGAACAUGUUCACUCAGACAGAAGUAUCUCCAAGAAAUCAUCAUCUGACAAACAUGUAAGGAAAACAACAGAGGCAGAGGAAUCCAACGUGCUGUCUGACCAGUGGGCUGCUGAAGUUAAAGAUGAAGAAGAUGGAAAAGAGCCUGUUGAUGAGGAGGUUUUAGCAGAAUACUAUGAGGAAGAUUUUGAGAAGCCGGACUAUGAAGAGGAUUUUGAGGAGGAGAGUGCAGAUGAACGCGAGGAGGAGAAAGAACCACUGAAACCAGCGGAAAAAGAGGAGCUAACGCUUCAAGAACAAAAAGAAAUCGAAGCGAUUCAGAGAGCCAUGGCUGAAGAGAACAAGAGAGCUGGAACAGCUCAGUCUAGACAAACUGUGAGACAAGAGACUGAAGACAGGCUAAAGUGGAACAAAGACUCUGAAGAGAGCCAGAUUAAAGCCUCCCAACGUGGAAAAUUCAUCGACUUUGUGGCUGCAAAGCGGCGGGAAGUGAGCAAGAAAGAUGCUGUCAAACAGAUGAGACGCUGCACAGAUUUGCGCCGUUUAAUAGAUCUGGAUUUCUCUGUGACGUUCUCCCUCUUGGACCUUCCACCCGUCAGUGAAUACGAGCUUUACAUCCGGAACUUUGGAAGUGCAAACACCAAACAGGCGUACGCUCAAUGCAACGAGGAUAACACAGAGCGAGACAUCCAGACGGAGGGCAUAGAGAUGUGUGAGAAGUGGACCCAGCAUCCAUCGCAGCACAGUGGAGCCUGUGGAGAUUCAAACCUCGCUCAAGGAGCUCGAGAAAGAACUAGGCAGGAUUUGAACUUUGAUUCUCAGCGUCUGACAUCCUUUCUGCAAUCAGCCUCACAGGUCAUGCUCGUCCUGCUGGAAGAGGAUCAAGCUGAGAGGAAGUCCCAAAUAAAGCUAAAGACUCAACCAGACUCAUUGUCGUUCAGUGAAGGAAGCUUGCAGAUCAACACCAAGUUGCCUUUUCUUUUUGGCCGACAAGUCAGCUUGGUGCACUUUUCUCAAGUUCAAAGACACACCAUGCUGUCAGUCCACAUGCCUAUUUCAAAGCCAAGCGCUGUGCGUCUUGACAGCAAUGCCAUCAUCUGCAUCUGGAACAUCUGGGAGCCAUCCAGACCUCAGAAGAUUCUGCUCUAUGAAUCUGAGGUGCAAUGUUGCUGCUUCAGUCCUGGAAAGGCCAUCCUGGUGUUUGCAGGGACGUCAGUUGGCUCUGUGGUCUUAUGGGACCUGAGGGAGCCUGCCAGUAAUCAUUACAGCUUAAAGAUCGGAGAGAACGAGUGGACCGUCAGGCAGCCCACCUUCUCCACCGAUGCCGUCAUGGCAGGGACAGGUCACCUUUCACCUGUGACCUCUGUUGAGGUCGUUCCCUCCGUUGGGGCUGGAGCAACGUCUUUUUUAUCACCAGACGAUGAGUCUUCAGGAUUGACAUUCCAACUGGCUUCUUUGGAUGAAAGCGGGGUGUUAAAUUUCUGGGUGGUGGUGGAGCUCCCAAAAGGCAGUGAAGCAGGCUCUCCAACAGAUCUAGGUCUCUGGCCUGGGGGAAAAGUAAAGCUGCUUCACAGCUCAGCCAUUCUGACGUCUGAGAGGUCAUCGCAGCACAACGCCGUAAAAACGGAGCCCUUAGAGGCACUUCUUUUAAAAUUCCUGCCGACAGACUCCAAUCACUUCUUUCUUGGCACUAAUCGGGGUCUGGUCAGGCAUGGAACAACUUUUGGUUUGAAAGCUUCACCGAGGUUUUACAGGUUUCAGGAGGUUGAAGAGCGACCUGUUGAUGUCUGCUCAAUCCACUUCUCUCCCUUCAGACCCGACUGCUUCUUGGUGGGUUGUAUGGAUGGCAGCAUUAGGAUGCACACAGUUAGCCGGGAGCGUCCUGUGGCAGAGUGGAGCGGCAGCACAGCUGGAGAACCAGUGCUGUCAGUGGAGUGGGCUCAGACCAGACCCACAGUAUUCUGCGUUCUGGAUGCUGCUUCAAACCUUCAAAUUUGGGAUCUAAUGAAAAAUGAGGCACAGCCUGUGAUCACAGAGAGAAUGAGUGAUGAUAGGCUGACAGCUGUGUCCGUGUUUGGGGACUCGGGUCAACAGAACAUAUAUUCCGGAAUAGCUUUAGCACACGAGUCAGGAAAAAUAGAGCUGCUGUAUUUUACAAAAGGUUUAACCGAGCCGUGCUCUGGAGAGGCGGAAAAGCUGGAUUGUUUGAUCAAUAAUGCCAUUUAAAAACCAACAUCUUCUAAAGCUGCUUGUCUGCAGCAAUUUCACUCUACAUGAGCAUAAAGUUCAAUUUAUCUGCAUUUAUAACAGACAUGUAUUUAUUUCUAUACUUAAUAACGCACAUGAAGAAAAUGUAUCAGUAAUAAACCAAAUGCUACUUUUUUUCUCUCCUGUAUAUAGCUUCAAAGCAUUUGCAGUAUAAAGUUUAAAAAUAACCGCAUGCACAAAUGUUGUGGCAGGCAUUUUCACUUUUAUGGUAACAUAUUUGUGUACCAGUUUGUUCUGCGGUCCUUUAGUAAUAAAACAUACAAAUAUAAAUGUGACAAAUACAGUUUGGAUCCUUUUGAAACACUUAAAAAGAAAAAAAAAGUAUAUUUUUUAUUGUCUUGUUCAGAAUAAACUUUACAUUGAG